UACAUGAAGGCUUUGUUUCUCCUCAACGAAAAUAAGUGAUCUGGGUAUCUGUUGUGCCAUUUAAAAAUUGAGAACUGGGCAAUUCAAUGCGCAUAAAAAGUGUUAGGACAAAAAAUCUCAAAAAUCGCUUUUGGGUGAUUGAGGAUGAGUUAAUCCAGAGACCCGCUGCUUUAUUCAAAUUAGUGGCUUUCAGGACUAAAUAUCGCGACGUGAGCUGGCGGCUUCAAGUACUGUACAGUAUUGCGUUAAUGAUGGUAAUAACAGCAACAAUGAAUUGGAAGUAAUGCGGCUGAGAACAGAGGAGACUCUUAGUUUCUAUUUGGAGUAAUCCCUCCCCCCACUCCCAUCGCAAACACAUCUAUUUUAAAGUAAAGGUUCUAUACGUGCCCGCUUCCAACGUUUGCCCCUUGCCUCUUUCCCUUUCUUUAAACAGACCCCUCCUUUUUCAAUUUGUUCUUUUCCAUUAUAUCUUCUGGAUCACUCGCCUGAGUUUUUAAUAGUACAUUUGUGACCUACUUGGCACACCCCAAGCUACUUCACUAGCACCACCACAAAGUGUGUAACCUUUAAUUUUGCAGAGGAGGGUUGAUUCAUUGCCAUAGCUUGCUUUGAGUUUAUUCCUUCCAAAGCAAUCCUAUAUAUGCUACUCAGAAGAAAAUGCCAAGGAGUUUUUUAGGAUUUGUCCCCAGGUAAGAUUUUGUAGGAUUGCUAAGUAACUGCACAGUUAUUCUGUGCAUAUUUAUUCACCAUCAUGAUCUAUUGCAUUCAGUAUGGUUUAGUUCAAGAAAAGUGUACUUAAAUCUUAAAGAAAAAAAAAUCUGAAAUAAAAAUUGACCUGGUAAACCAAACUACAGAUAAUAAACAGAGGAAGAAAUACAAAUUUCAAAUGUUAAAUCUUGCUCUUUGUUUUUGAACUAUCCUCCAAUCUUGUCAGUUAGGCAAAGAGACUAAACUAGACUAAACUAUAUAAAAGUGCAGAUUUUAUCCUGGUAAAAGUUAGUUUACCGUCUGUGGUGGUCUAAAAGUAAUUCUGCAGAUGAAAAAAGAUGUUUGGUAUCCAAUCUUGCAAUGGUAGUCCAAAUAAAAAAAUAGCCUAAUAUUGCAAAAAAAUCCUUCUUGGUUCCUUAAGAAAGCCUGACCAGAAAAAGCUAAUAUCCAAGUGAAGGUCCAAGAAGUUCAUCUGUAAUUUCUAGAACCGUUUGGUGCAAAUCAAAGGUAAAGUUGGAUUUAGCAAAAGAUUCAGAUGAAAAAAAUUCUCUCUGCAAAAGUAUCAUAAAAAAUUCCAUGGGCCAAAUAUGAUGUUUUCCGGUAGCCAGGGUCUAUGAGGAAAGUAACCAGCCCAUUCCAGCACUUCUUCCUUUUCUCAAUGCCAGUUCUUGUGAAUUCAGCAACCUAAAAGGCAGAACUGGGGAAGAAGUAACAAUUGGUCUCUCAUUUUGACAUACUUACAGGACUAAAAAUGUGCAGAGACCUCAACUUCUUCCUCCCACUCUCAGUAGUAAUGGCAACUCUCUCUUUCCUGACAACAGCAAAAACUAGUGCGAACCUUUUGUCUUUGCAAGCAAAGCUCCCUUUGGACAGGACAGGGGUAAUAAAUCUUAAGUCACUUUGACAUCAUCUAUCUAUAGCUAAAGCUAUAGCUAUAUCAUCUAUCUCUCUAUAUCUAUCUAUCUAUCUAUCUAUCUAUCUAUCUAUCUAUCUAUCUAUCUAAUCUUAUCCAUCCAUCCAUCCAUCCAUCCAUCCAUCCAUCCAUCCAUUGGUUUAUUUUAUUUUUCCCAUUUCAAAUUGUUUCAUACAUCCCCAUUCCAACCUAAUUUAGAAGUAAUCUCAACAAGCAAAUGGUUUUGUACCUUUGAACAUGCACAGAAUAAAAUGAUGGGCUUUCAGUAACACGCCUUUUUUAUUUCUUAAUACAGAGGCACCUCUUCCAUGCUCAAUCAUACAUUGCUAGAACAUACAAACCCAAUUACAAAAUAUGGCUUAAUAUAUAAACUUGAUUUGACUCUCCUUCUAUUUUAUACCCUCUUGAAUGUUUAAAUUUUCACUUAUACACGCACAUACAAAACUUCAUUACCAUGAUUCUGUUACCUUCCCUUGAAGAGUAGCCAUCAUAAUUAUGUCAUAUUCUCUAUAUAUGACAUCUAGUUUGCACCAGAUGAAAUAACAGAAUAUUGAAAGGCCUCUUCUGAAAUCUCAGGAAAAGAGAAAAAUGUAGGAAGAGGAAGAAAGAGAAUAGGAUGAUAGAAAGAGGUGGGGGGAUAGGAUUCUCUUUCUGAAGAUUUAUUAGCAUAACUUGACAUGUAGUUGAGAAACAUGUGGAUCAAUACAACUCCAGUUCUCCUGCUAGGCCUCUGUGUCCACCAUGUCUCUAUUUGCAUAUUGCUUUUUCCUUAACUGACACUGUCAGGAAGCAACCUUGGCGUUUGCCCAAGCUCUCCAAAGCCCACUCACUCACACUCACUCACACACACACAUCAUCGCCUCUCCCCUUGCCAGAUAUAAAGUCUCUUUACGGUACAUAUAUCUUUAUUCUCUCCUCCCCCCCACCCAUUCUCCCCUUAAAUGGCAAGCAGGUUAUUAGUAUUAGAAUUGGCACUAAUAUUAGUAUUAUGUUUAAACCUCUAUCUAAGCAUUGCCCUAUUGAGGGUUUGAUGUAAGCGGUUCUUUCUGUUUUCCCCUCCUUGGUACCCUGUCUGUCGGUUGGUCUGUCUAUCCUUCUCUCGAGCUCUCUCUCCUCUCUUGCCUUCUGCUGUAAAGCCAGAGGCCAUUGUUAACCGUGAACAGGGCGUAAGGAGAGUAUAGGGCAGUCAGAAUCCUCAACAUCUUUGGAAGGCUGUCGAGAAUCUUGUGAUUUCUCCCUCUUCUCACCUUCCCCCUCCUCCCCAAACGGACAGAGAGAGGGGGAGAGGAGAGAGAGGGAGAGAGAGAGAGAGAGAGAGAGAGAGAGAGAGAGAACCGGAGCAUCCCUCACCAGAGCUUCUAUAGAGAGAUUCCCCCCUCCCUUUGGCGUUAUGACCGGAUUUCUCUCUCUAGAUAUUCCUUGAACAUUUUUUUUAACCAAGAGGAAUGGGGGGAGCUCUCCUCGCUUAUUGAUUGCGUUGCUUGCUGGCUGCGAAAAUAUAUUAUGUCUGCUCGCCGCGCUGCUCUCGUCAGAGGCUAAGGUCAUCUUCCAAAAGACACCGGGGGAAGGGAAGGCCCCCUGUCACGUGACCUGGGGGGUGCCAAUGUCCUUCCAUGAGAGGGCCAACCGGAGCCUGGUAACAGCGAGCGAGCGCCUCGGGGAACCCCAGCCAUGCAGAAGACCAGCUACUACGACACCUCCCCGCUCUUUGGGGCUUAUUCCUAUCCGGGGGCCAACGGCUUUGGUUACGAGGGCCCUUCUCCGCAGCCUUUCCAGCCCGCGGCUCAUGUGGAGAGCGAUUACCAGCGGCCCGCCUGCACCCUCCAGUCUCUGGGCAACGCGGCCCCACUGGCCAAGGCGAAGGACCUGAACGGGAGCUGCCUGCGCCCCAGCUUGCCUCAGGAGCACCACCCGCCCCCGCCCGUCUCACCACCCACCAACCCCAUCACCGCCACCAGCGGGAGCGGCAGCACCACAUCCAACAGCACCGGCGGCAGCAAUAACCAUAGCCAAUCGGGGGCGGUCAAAAGUGUCCCAAGCAAAUCCAGCCUGGCCUCUAGUAACGCGGCCCUCACCAAGCAGAUUUUCCCCUGGAUGAAAGAGUCGAGGCAAAACGCCAAGCAGAAAAACAGCUCCCCCUGUGCAGAAAGCUGCAGCGGCGAGAAAAGCCCUCCAGGCUCCUCAGCUUCCAAGAGGGCCCGCACAGCUUACACCAGUGCCCAGCUGGUUGAGCUGGAGAAGGAAUUCCAUUUCAACCGCUAUCUUUGCAGACCACGCCGAGUGGAGAUGGCUAACCUGUUAAACCUCAGUGAGCGGCAGAUCAAGAUCUGGUUCCAGAAUCGGAGGAUGAAAUACAAAAAGGAUCAAAAGUCAAAAGGCCUUGGGUCAUCCUCUGGGGGACCUUCCCCCACAGGGAGCCCACCCCAAGCUCUACAGUCCUCUGCAGGCUUCCUGAAUGCCCUACACCCCAUGACUUCAAACUACGAAGCUCCAUCUCCACCCUCUUUCAACAAACCACACCAGAAUGCCUAUGCCAUGCCCACUGCCUACCAAAACCCCAUCAAAGGAUGCCCCAGCCAACAGAAGUAUGCCAACACAGCACCCGAGUACGAUCCUCAUGUCUUACAGGGUAAUGGGAGUGGUAGCUACGGCCCCCCCAAUAUGCAAGGCAGCCCAGUCUAUGUGGGUGGCAAUUAUGUGGAUUCUAUGCCCAACUCUGCUUCAUCGCUUUAUGGGCUGAACCCCCUUCAACAUCACCAGCCCCCCAGCAUGGAAUACAAUGGAGGCCCUCAGAUGGCCUCCAACCAGCACCAUGGGCCUUGUGAGGCUCACCCAACCUAUACGGACCUUUCUUCUCACCAUGCUUCUACUCAGGGUAGAAUCCAAGAGGCACCCAAGCUGACCCAUCUGUGAUGAAAAGUAGGGCAUACUCGGUGGGGAGUUAAUAGAGAAGGGAGGUGGAUGUGGGAUUGGUGAGUCAGGGGACAGACUGGUUAUGCAAAAAGAAAUGGACAAACAAACAUUUGUGUUGAAACCUUUUAUGAAAGUCAAACCUAUUGUUUCAGGGGCACAGUUUAUGCAUGCUGUGUCUUGCCAUUCCUGCCAGAUUUGACCCUAGGGUGAUAAAGAGUUUAGGAGGCUUAUGGCUAAGCCAUACUCUCUGGAGUGGAAGUGUUCCUGUAUAUUCCCCUCUCAAAGAAAGGUGAAUGCACCAGACAGCCUAGUGCCCUUCAUAUGAUUGAGAUAACAGUCUUUAGAUUAAAAUGAACAAAUCCUAAGGAUCAGCCCUGGUUGAGCUCUAAAAGGCCUGUUGUAAAUCCAGGUUAGGAAUGGCCAGACUAAUGCAAUCCCAAAGUGCAAAAAAGUCUAUAAGGCUGUGGGAAUCUAUUCCUUUUUCUUCAGUGUGAGAAGUUACUUUAAGAAAUGCAUCUUAAACACACACUAUCUUUUGUGUUCUUUAGGCAGAGGGAGCAGAGGGGGAGGGGUCAGAGUAAACUUGCGCUUUCUAGGACCCACAACUCUUGUUGGUUUUGUGAAUACACAUGUGGGAACCAUGUUUUUAACUAGUCAUGAUAACAUCUUGAAUGGAGCAGCACAUUUUCAUGAGAUACAGACUUUCCACAGGCAGAAUAGAGCAUUUCUUCAAUCUAAAGAAAAGCUGAAGAACUGCCUCAACUCACUAUAUAUACCAUAGGAAAUUAACUUAAGUCCUUUUACAUUUUUGGACUUAAACUCCCAUCAGCCCCCAUAAGCUAAUACAUAGAAAAGGGUUGUGGGAAAUGCAGUCUGGAUCAUCUACACACUAACAGAUGCAUACCAUUCUUCUAUCACUCUCUUUUCAUUACUGCUAAAAUCUUAAUUACUUCUAAGUAAAUCUCUAUCACAUUGGAAUUGAAAUAAUUUCAAUGGGAAAAGAAGUCACCAUUCUAUUUGUUCACAAGUUGCAUUCCCAGUUAGGAAGGUAAUAAGGAUUCUUAAUGAGAUUAGGAGCAAACUUCCCAGUCAUGUGUAUAUGUCCUAUACAGAUCACAAAAUAGCAGCCUAUUUAUACAUAAUAGAUAGGUUCCUUAAAUAUAGAUUGAUUAUUGAUAGAUUCAUUAAGACUCCAAUUUGAUAGAAAGGGUUUGGACGUGUAUAAGACUGCCCCAUGAAAAAGACUUGCUGAAAUCAUUGAUAAGAUCCUUCCCCCACCCCCCCAAAAAACUUUACAAACCAUUUAUUUCAAUGCAGUUUGUGCAAGAUAAUUUUCUGCUGAAAGUUGUCUUGCUGUAGGAUUUACUUCUAUUCAUUUCAAGUAUUUUCUUUUCUUAAAAGUAUGCAAAUAUUUUGUUUACAAUUAUAGAAGGGUAUAUAGGUGUUUGGAGACAAUCAACCAUGCAGGAACAUAUAUUUACACAUACACAACAGAGGGAUUUAGUCAAACUCAUUUUGAUAAGGGGGAAAGGAAGAUGUUACUAGUGAAUUUCAUCCCUUUUUAAAAAAAAAUUUCAAGAAUCUGUUUCAGAUUUGUAUUUCACAUAUGUAUUUGGCCUGAGGUUUCGACACAAAUGUUUUGAAUGUAUAAAAAUGUUCUGAUUCUUCUGAAAUCAAUUGAAAUAGAUAAUUUCUGUGACAUUUUUUUUUUAAAGUUCAUACAACAUGCACAAAAAGAUCUGGGUGUAGAUCUUAAAUGCACCUCAAUAUUUCUUAUAUCUAUGCUCUUCUCUCUUAGCUAAAUACUAAUCUAUCACAAUUCUUAAAAGGUUUAUUUUACAAAGAAGAAAGAGAAUUCUAAGGUAUUGAAUGGAAAACUGUCUUUUUCCAUUCUCAGUGUAUCUCCAUCCAUGUAAGGGUGUUUUGUCCAGUUUACCAACCCAAUCCUUACAAAUUAUUAUUCACUGAUAUAUUCCCCUCCUUCUUCUUUAAUUCUAUCAGAGGCUUUGUUUUUCAGAAUUGGGCAGUGGAGUGGUUUCUUUACCAAGUAAAUUUAACAGCAAAAUUGAGAUUGCUUAUGCAAAUAAAAGUCUAACAUCUGGAAGGAGAAAAAUAGAGACCUCCCCUUUGUUCUUCCCAUGAUUAUCUACCCUUCUUUAUGAUUUUGGUUUUAAGGUUGGUUAAGGACUGGGGGACUCUCUCACAUAUAUAAUAUGUCUUUGCAUUUGUCUGCAUAACUUCUGUUGAACGUGAAAACAGGGUAUAUUUGAUCAGAAACUGUUAUGUCCUCCAAAUGGAAGCAAAGUAAAAGAUCCUUUGGGGAGAGGAUUCCUUUACUGGUGCCUCUUCUUUGGCCUGACAUUCUUGCACUUAGAGUUUACAUUUUAAUGGCUAUAUAUACCAACAUUUGAAGGACACACAUUGGAAUACUAUUUUCAAUGGAGGUGUGCCAUGUUCCAGUAAACAUUCAUAUAUAUAAAUAUAUAAAUAUAUAUUAUAUUAUAUUAUAUUUAUUGGUUAUAGCCAGUUUUAAACUAUUUUUUCUUUUGUUGCAUUAUUUAUCCCCAACAUUUAUGUAUUUAUAAGGAAAAUGUACUUUUUUUUAUUUUAGUAUUGACUUGUUAUAAAGGACAUUGGUCUUUGUCAUUGUACAACCAAAUUUUAUUUUCCAUUCUUCCUGCUCUCUCUGUUCUUUUUUAGUUAUUGUAAUUUAGGAAAAAGGCCAGUAGUUACCUUCGUACUUAAAAUAAUGUGUUUAGUUCUACUGGAGGCAUGAAAUCAGGCUGUAAUUGUAUAGUCCUCAGUUAGAAGAACUAGCUAAUCCCCACCCCACCUAAUUCUCCUCUUCCUUCACUACCACUUCCUUCUCUUUUUUGAAGCAUCUUCCUUUGUUCUUUACAGUAGAUAAGUUUAUUUCUUUGCUGAAAGGGUUGUCUGUUGAACAAUUCUUGAAUAAACUUUCUGUUCUUAAUUUA